UUUUCCGAUUGUUUACGUUUCUGUUUUUCGCAGGUGGUGUUACAGAUUCAGAAAAACCAUCCCAUCAAUCCCAUUGAAAAUAGUAAUAAGUAACUUAAGUAUUAAUAUUAGAAGAAUAGAAAUUCUGUAAAGAAAUUAAAUCUGUUUAACUGUAAAAAUGUUGGAAAAUUUAAGAGAUAAAAUUUUGAAUGUACAAUAUGAUUUGUCUGCCAGUUUCAGAAAUUUAGCAACUGGAGAUGCUCAAUUAUCAAGAGCUAAAAGACACAACUUUAAAGGAAUAACUCCAAAUGCUGGUGCAAAUCUACUUCAUUACUAUCAGCAGCAAUGGCAAGAGUUGCAUGAAAAUGAUUCAAUUAAUGCCAAGAAGGCUGAAGAAGUGGAUGCUUUAAUAGGAAAUCUUCACCUUUACUGUGUUGAACAUUUGUCCUACAUCAAACAAUUGAAUAUCCAACUAGCAGCUCUACCCCAACUUCAGACAGGAAUAAUGGAUCUUAUGGGAAAAAUAGGAGAGCUAGAAGGUUUGUUUGAAGAAGUAGAGGAUGCUCUCGUAAACUUAGAAGAUGUCAUUGAAACCCAGGAGUUGCAGGAGAGGCAGCUUGAUCACAGAUUCCAACUUGCUAUGUAUAAAGAAAAGAAAUUAGCUGAUUUUGAAGAUAUGAAAGCUAAACUGGGUGAAGAACAUGCUCACAGAGUACAAGAGUUUGAAAAAAGACAAAGUUUAAUUUUAAAAGAAAGGCAGAACACAUUUCAAGAAGUUUUUGAAGAAGAAGUUAAGGAAUAUAAAAAACAUGGAUUAAAAGAACUUCGGCGAAGAGUUUCAAGCAAUAGCAGUCAAAAAUCGGUGUCUCUUGAAGAGAUAGAUCUAGAGGAAGAUGCUUCUGCUUUAGAUGAAUUCUUGGGAGAUGAAGUAAUAGAGGGAACAGAAGAAAAAGCUGAGACACAACAAUCCAGUGAAACUGAAACCAGUGCAACAGAUGCUGAGAGCAAACUUGCUGAGGAUGAUGCCAAAAGCUAAUAUAUAUUUAUAGAAAAUUUUAAUUCAUUUAAUUUAUCAAAAGCACAUAUGAAAAUAAUGUUAGUAUUUUAUGGCAUCAGGUUCAUAUGUACAUUGAUUGUAUCAUAAGUGCUGAAUUUAGUGGGUGAGUUGAUUGUUGUAUAUAUACAAUCUGGUUUUCAUAUAUUAGGAAAUAAUAUAUUGUAUACUAUAUAAUAUAUGCUGCAUACUGUUAUGGUGUGAGCAAGGUGUAUGCUCUAUAAUACUUAUAGCAAAGCUUUUAUUGGGUUUAUCAUAGAGCUUAAAUUUUAAUUGCUUAAUGUGCUUGAAGCUGAAUUGUAUAUGAAACUGAAUAUAUUAUUUAAAUGAUUGCUAGUAAUUAAAUUUAUUUUAUAAUUGGAUGCAAUAAAUGCUUUUUUCCAUUAUGUAAAUUUAAAGUUACUAUUGAAAACUGUUCCUAAAUACGUUAGUCUUUUUGCAAUGUAGAUAUAAAUACAAUUCAUUGUACAACAGAAUGCUUGUAAUGCAAUAAUUAGGUUUAGAAAAAAGUGUAUCAGCAGAAGAUGUUUCUUGAAAUAUUUAUUUUGAAAUAGAUUCUCUUUUGCAUAUCAAUUUCUUAUUGUUUCAAGUUGUCAUCAUUUUCUUUUAUAUCGUUUUUAAAUUACUGCUUAUAUAUAAAAUAUAUUUUUAUGUUUUCAUUUAAUUUUUAUUUUAAUCAAAAUGUUUUCUCUUUUAGUAAAUAUAUUUAAUAUUUAUAUACAUUACAAAUUUAUUACAUUACAGAAAUUUAUAUAUAUUUUACUCAUUAAUAUAAUUUGUUGAAAAAUAAAGGGAUUUACUUUUUAAUGAGUAUGUUAAAAAGUAGUUAAAAAUCUCUUUAAACUACUUAAAAAAAAUUUCAACUAAGGUUGGAAUGUGCAGUUGUUCAAUUUUUUUUUAAAUAUAUAAACAUACUUUUGAAAUCAUGUAUAAUAGAAUUAACAUAAAAUUUGUUUUUGCAGAAAUUUUUAAAAAUUUUAUCAUUAUUAGAAUUGUUUUUAAGGCAGAUGAUUUUCAUUCCACUAGGUUUGCAAUAAAUUUAGUAAGAAUAAUAUUCAUUUUUGAAGAUAAAUGAGGAUUACUUUUGAGAUGCAUCUAGUAAUUUUUGGCUAAAGUUUGGUGAUGACAUCUGAAUCUGCACACCUUUUGCUAAGCCCAAUCACCUUCACCCAAACAUCUAUACUUAAUCACUGAGUUGAUAUUUAACCAUGACAGAUUUAAUGUACAUUAGCAGUUGGAUUUUGAACUCCAAUCUUUCAGUCAAAGCCAACAAAACUCAACUAUGAGGUUGUUGUGGCCCUGUAUACUAUAUUAGAUAGUAGAUUUAUUACCAAUUUUUAGAAUGUCUGUCGAAUAUUAUAUUUAACUUUUAGUGUAAUAAUAAAAAUUAUAUAAAUAUUGUUUUUAAAAAAAUUUUAAUUGUUCAAAUCUGAUUUCAUCUCAAAGUUUUGCCAAUGCACUCUUCAAUGUUUGUUGUUGAUUCUGGAUCCAAAAAUAGAUGUACAAAAACAAAUUUUGCAGUUAACAUAUUAAAUAAUGUCAAAUUUGAUGUCGUGUAUUUUUCCUUCAUUGAAUUUAUUUACCAUAUUAUUUUUACUCUAAUGAUCUGAUGAUGAUUUGCACAUAACUCUCAGUUUUCAAAAUAUCUUACAAUUAGUGUACAAAUUACAAUAUUGAUAUAUUGAAAAAAAGUGUUGCAACUUCAUUUUAAAUUACAUAAAAUAAAAAAUAAAAAAAAUUCCUUCAGUAUUUUAACAUGGCAUUGUAAAUAAAGAGAGAAAAUAUGUGUGUGUGUGUGUAUAUUUGCCAGGAAUAAAAAAAUAUGUAGUUAUCAUGAAUGAUUUUAAUAUAUAUUGUUAGAAUAGAAAAUUUUCGAUACCUGUGAUAGAUAUAUGUAUAUAGAUUAGUUUAUUCGUAUGAAAAUGUAUUGAUGUUGUUGUUGAAAAAUUUUAUUCAAGUUGAAUCAGUUUUAAUGAGAUAUUCUGAACUGAAUCCUAAUAUUUUUUUUUAUCUGCCACAAAUUUAUUCUUAAAUUUUUUAACAUGAAAUUGAUGAAUCUACAUGGUAUUAUUUUGUAAUUUAUU